CGGUGGGGCGGGUUUUGCCAGCUGGUCCCUCUGAGAGCAGGGGUGAGCCUUUCUGCCCACUGGCCUGGUCACUAGAAAGAGACUCAAUAUUAACGCAGCCAUUCCUAAGGAAGGAGCAGCCGCGAAGAGCAUCUGUUGUUUCCGUACCGGAGAAACACACGACCCCUUCCUUCUCUCCCCACCAUCCUUCGUAGGACCAAAGAUACCAAUCCAAGAUGGAUAAAAAGAAAAGAGGACGUCAAAAAUCACUGGUAUCUCGUCUCCAGCUUACACCAGAGAAUACUAAAGUACCACAUAUGGUUGAAGGAAAGUUUAUUAAGCCCAAACAAGCUUCUAUGGAAGAUGUGAAACCGCUGGCAGUUUCUUCUGCGAUUCCAUCUGAGCUUCGCACAGCUGUUUACAGAGCAGAGGGCUCAAAAAAACACAAAGUCAAAGCAGAAGAAGGCAAAAUGGGUUUUGCAUAUGUUUUCUCAAAAAUACAUAAGGAAAAGAUAAAACCAAUUGUUGGUCAAUGUACUGAACUGACUGAAUGGGAUCAGCAUCAGAGCAUGGAAUACUCUGAACUGGGAGAUAUGAAUGAUGAGAGACUUUCUUUAGUUCCUCUUCAGGAAGAAUCCAGCUGUACUAGUGAUGUAUCAUCUGAUGUUUUCAUUGAAAGUAAAGGUGAAAAUGAAAAGUCUGAAAUUCUUCCUGUUUCUACCCGUUUAAGUUGCCAUAAAAGAACAUGCAUGAAAUUUCAAGCUGGUUACGAUCACAAAACUAUCAGAGAGAAAAAACCUCCCUGUUACGAUAAAACUGAACCAAUUAUUGACGAUGUAGUAUCUCAUAUUUUGAGACUGAGAGAUAGACUUGGGUGGGAGACAUCAUUACCACGACGUGGAUUUGUAGCUAAACCGGAAAAUUUAGCUAAUUUUCAGAAGAUCACAUUGCCGAAAGGUGCGUUACAGAAAGAUGAUGGAGAGUUUGUAUAUUGUCUCAUAAGAAGUAGAAAUGACCCUAAAGCAGACUAUGAUCCAUAUGACCUCCAAGUAGUCUCUCCAAGUAUGGCCAAACAAAGUAAAGAAUAUUGGACUGUUACGGCUUCAUAUGUAUCCAAGUUUACUUCAGUGUGUGGAAAAGAAGAAAUGGAAAUAAUACCAGUAAUCGAGUGGUUGUGUGAAAGACAAAUUUAUUAUGCAUUACGAAGUAUCGAUAUAUGUUUUAAUUUCAGAAAGAGGAAAUACUUUAUCACCUGGAAAAGCAAUGCUAAGAGAUCAAAAAUAGAGAACAGCAAAAUGCUGUUGUAUAAACGUUUGUUUCUGGCUGAUGAGAUAUUACAAAAAUGCUUGCUUUAUAUUCAAGCAUUGUGUGAGGACGUGAGUAACACUGAGAAGCACAAAUUGUCAGAAGAUAAAACUAUCAGUUUCAUAAAGAUAGACAUAUCCCACACAUACACUUUGGAUGAAUUUUGUGAGGAACAAUACAAACAAAGUCAACAGGCACUCACUCAGCUACAAGAUUUUAAAGAUAAAGUAAUCAAAGUAAUCCGGACCUCUUUCUUAAAGCCACGGUGGCUAAGCCUCUUCACCGACUACUCAGCACAAAAGACGCCUUGGUCCUGGGGUCAUCGGGAGACGCCAUUCUUCAACGUGGUCAAGGCUUUCCUUUCAUCGGACAGUGUGUUGAUAGCUGAAAUGAAGGGAGCAGAAAAGCUUUUUCUGCAUUUGCCAGAUGAUGCCAGAAAAAAGCCAAAACACUUUGAGAUAGCUGGAUGGCGGCACAUAAUGGAAGACUUUUCUAGGUUUCUUCAGCUUGUUGACCGAAUGUUUCAAGAACUGCUUCGAAAAUUGGUUCACAAUGCUUUAAACCUUCUUUUGGAGAUAUUUGAAGGCUCUAAUAAUAAGACAGUUUCAAAACUGAAGACAAAUGAGGACCUUAUAUGGUAUUUUCACCUGUUUAUGAUGAAAACACUUGUCCAAAAUGUUUUGCUUUAUUGUAUUGUUCAUAAGAUUCCUUUGUCAUUUUCUUUUAUUAUUAAGUAUAGGUACCUGCAGUUACCAUUUGUCCUAUAUCUGUUCAAAAAUAAUUUAGGUUUUUCCCCCCAUAUACGCAGGGCAUAUAAAAAAACAAUUGAGAGAGCAAAUAGCUUAUCGAAUACUGAGAAUAGACAUCAACAGAUGUUUCAAGCCAAUUAUUUUGAGAUAUCACAGGCAUCAUCACGCCAUUCAGAAAAGCCUGAGCCACAAGUAGAAAUCAUUACUGUUAGUGAUAUAAGCAAGAUACUGGAAGAUGUGAAAAGGCAACUGAGAGGAGAGGAAGAAUAUGUUCCAAUAUUUAAAAUAAAUAUAGAGCUUAGAAUUCCUUAUGAAAAGGAACUUUGUCGAAAAUACAUCCAGGAGGAGGAGGAUGAUUAUCUCUCAGAAACCUCAUUAGUACCUUUCAAUGAAACAUUGGAAGAUGAAGAUUUGAAACAAUUAUCUCCAAGUGACAGACAAAGCAAACAUGAAGGAUCGGAAAAUUCUGUGCUACUACAGUCAAAUGCAUCCAGCGAUGAAAAAACCAUUUUGAGUAGAACACAUUCUUCUAAAUCCAAUGUGGAAUCACUGAAAUAUAAAAGCUCUCCAGCAUUCGCUACAGAUUUUUAUCUAGCUCCUAAUAGAAGAGAGUUUUCAAUGCAGUUCCAAGGAAUUGUGGAUGCACUAGAAAACAUUAUUGCCAAGCAAAGUGUAGUACGAAACCCUGUCCUUCUCCUCAGUGAAACCUUGCCUAAGAUGGCUAAUGAGAUUAUUGAAAGCCUAAUAGAAGAAGCAGCUGAUAUUAGUGAGAAAAUAAUGAACUAUGCAAAUUACCAGACUGUUUUUGACAGUUCAGUUAGUGAGAUGAAAUCUGCUUCCUUGGAAAAGAUGUCACAUGGAGCUCAGUCUGGAGACUGUCAGAGGGCAACUGUUGAGCUCUCUGAAAUUGAAAGUGAUCUAGUAUUGCGUAAAUUGUUGUGGGAUUCAAGGCAGGAAUGGGCUAGGCUUUUUUUUAAGUGGAAACAUACAAUUUUUUGGAACCUUGACGUGGAUUUAAUUCAAAGAGAUGUUAACAGAUUCAUGCAGAUUGUACAGAUUCUGGAAAAAGGCUUGCCAGAAAAUACUAUUUUACCAGCUAUGAAGAAAUCAUUGUAUGAGUUCAAGGAAUUUUUGCCUAUCAUUAUAGCUUUACGGAAUCCCUGUCUUCAGCUGCGGCAUUGGGAAACAAUACAGAAUAUUGUUAAGCAGACAAUUAAUGGGGAUAAAAGACUGACCCUGGAUAAAAUUCUGGAAUUCAAUAUGUUUCAGUAUAGAAAAGAAAUAAAUGAGGUAUCUGUAACAGCGUCCAAUGAAGCAACUCUUGAAGCGAUGCUGAAAAGGAUAAUUGACAUUUGGUACAAAACUGAAUUUCAUUUAUCUCAAUAUCACACUGAAACAUCAACUACUUUGAUUAUUUCAUCUGCUGAAGAUAUAAUUGCUUUGUUAGAAGAUUCUCAAGUGACAAUUUCAACAAUUAAAGGUUCUUGUUUCAUUGGACCAAUUAAGAGUCUUGUGGAUGCUUGGGAUCGUAAACUAAACCUAUUUUCUUGUACUCUGGAGGAAUGGUUGAAUUGUCAAAGGAAUUGGAUUUAUCUUGAGCCAAUCUUUUGUGCUCCAGAAAUAAAAAGACAGCUUCCAGAAGAAUCAAAUCUUUUCUCUCAAGUUGAUAGCAAAUGGAAAGAUCUCAUGAAACGUACAGAAGAUAAUCCAAAUGCUCUUAGGGCAACUACAACAGCAGGAGUUUUUGAAACUCUGCAAACCAACAAUGCACACUUAGAGAAAAUACAGAAGGCUCUCGAGGACUAUCUUGAAGUUAAACGUAUGGUUUUUCCAAGAUUUUAUUUUCUCAGCAAUGCUGAACUUAUCGAAAUAUUAGCUGACAGCAAAAAUCAUGAUGUUGUGCAGCCUCAUCUUGUGAAAUGUUUUGCAAAUAUAAGGAAGUUAUAUAUACGCCCACAAGAACAGAGACCUCCAGUGGUUUUAAUGAUCGGUUCUGCUGAAGGGGAAAUUCUUCUAGUACCAAAGAAUGUUCGUAUUAGAGGUCCUGCUGAACUGUGGCUAGGAAAUGUUGAAAACACCAUGUAUGAUAUGGUAAGAAAAUUUAUAACAGUUGGAAUCGCAGAAUGGAAUCAAAUGGAAUUUAAAGAAUGGUUUUUCACUCACCCAGGACAGGUGAUACUACUUGUGAGUCAAAUAAUGUUUUCUCGUGCGUGUGAAAUGAGCUUGUCGAGUUCACAUGCAAAAAUGGAGUUGAAAGAAGGCCGCAAUGAUCUUAUCAGCCUUAUAGAGGAGCUAGCAGCGAUAGCGUCAGAUAUUCUUCCCUACCACAAGCAAAGCACAUUGGAGGCAUUGGUUACUUUGAUCAUUCACUGUAGGGAUGUAAUGACUGUACUGAUAAAUAAUGAUAUUUGUAGCGCUGAAGAUUUUGCAUGGACAAGGCAGUUGCGUUAUGAAUGGCAUGAUGUCAACCCCUGUAAGGUUAUCCAAGGUUUUGCCUCUUUUGAAUAUGGUUUUGAAUAUCUGGGCUGCUCUCCGAGAUUGGUUAUUACUCCUCUCACAGAUCGAUGUUGGCUCACCAUUACUGGAGCUCUUCAGUUGAAUUUAGGGGGCUGUCUUUCUGGUCCAGCUGGUACAGGAAAAACAGAGACUGUCAAAGAUCUUUCAAAAGCCUUGGGAAAACUGUGUCUUGUCUUUAACUGUUCUGAAGGUUUGGAUGAUAAGGUUAUGGGGAAAUUAUUAUGUGGAUUAGUUCAGUCUGGAGCAUGGUGUUGUUUUGAUGAAUUCAACAGGAUUGAUGUAGAAGUCCUUUCAGCAAUUGCAUCACAGAUUCAGGCAAUCAAGGCAGCUAAAGAUAGUUGCGCUGUCAGAUUUCUAUUGGAAGGAAAAGAAGUUCGACUGAAACCAUUCUGUGCAAUUUUUAUUACCAUGAAUCCUGGAUACAAAGGUCGUGUAGAACUCCCAGACAACUUAAAAUCAUUAUUUCGGCCUGUCUCAAUGAUGGUACCAGAUUAUCAACUCAUUGCUGAAAUAAUGUUGUGUUCAGAAGGUUUCAGGUCUGCAAAAUCACUCUCAGAGAAGAUAGUAAAUCUUUAUCAUCUUUCUAGCAAGCAGCUUUCACGCCAGGAUCAUUAUGAUUUUGGUAUGAGAGCCAUAAAAACUGUGUUAAUAAGGGCUGGUCAGAAGAGGCAAGAGUUAAAAACACAAAAUAGUAAAAAGAAAAAGUUUUCUACCUCAGAAGAAACUCUCAUCAUAACGACUGUCCUGAAAGAAGUUAAUUUACCAAAGUUUCUUGCUGAGGAUGUCCCACUGUUUGAGGACAUUCUGACAGAUCUUUUCCCAGGGAUGAAAGUUCAAAAAGUAAAGCAUAGACGACUGCAGAGUGCAAUAUCUGUUGCAAUACAGCAUUUAUGUUUGCAGAGAUGGGAAAAUCAGAUACAGAAAGUUAUACAAUUUUACAACCAAAUUAUGGCUUCUGUUGGUAUAAUGCUAGUAGGCCCUACAGGCGGCGGGAAAACUACCAUCAGAACAAUUUUAGAAAAAGCCCUGGUAAUCUUGCCACUGGUAGAUACAGAAAGCAAUUCAAAACUUGAGGCUGUGUUUCAGAAUUCUCCAAAGAAAGGCAAGGUAGACACCUUCGUUAUAAACCCAAAGUGUGUUAGUCUUGGUGAACUUUUUGGGCAGACAAAUCCUAAUACAAUGGAGUGGUCAGAUGGUCUGUUAUCAUCAGCAGUUCGAGCGUUUGCCAAACUUUCAACAAAAAAACCUAAAAAGAAAGACAUAAGCACUGCAAAAUCAGAAAUGCAGGACUUGUACACUCUGAAUACAGUGAAUCUUGCUGAUGCAUCCCUAAAAAAUGAAGCACUGCAGUCAAGAGAAAAUUUUCACUGUGAAAGUAUUAAUGACUGGCAAUGGAUUAUCUUGGAUGGGCCAGUAGACCCAGUUUGGAUAGAAAAUUUAAAUUCUGUGCUAGAUGACUCCAGAGUGCUAUGCCUUCCUAAUAGUGAAAGAAUCUACUUAUCACCAGCAAUCAGAAUGAUAUUUGAAGUGGACAGCCUCUCUCAGGCCAGCCCUGCUACUGUUAGUAGAUGUGCUAUGGUUUACGUGGAUCCAGUUGAUCUGGGAUGGGAACCAUAUGUCAGUACAUGGUUAGACGGCUUUUCUGAACUAUUGGCACAAAAUGAUAUUGAGUACUUAUCAAGUUUGUUUCACUCAAGUGUAAAAAAGGGGAUGAACUUUCUGAAUGAACGUAAGAAAAUGCAACCAUUCCCUAUACAUCAGAUGGGGAUUGUAAUGAAUAUCUGCAGAAUUCUUGAUUCAUUUCUUCAAAUAAUGAUGCAAAAGGAUACAUUACAACCACCCGAAAGAAGAAUACGAAGCUCAAUUACUUUGGCACCAACAAUAAUGAAAGCAUCUCGUAGGAUAUCAGAUGUAGGCAGUGAAAUAGUCCCAUCUGUGUUGAAGAAAAGGCCAGAGCAGAUAUGGUUUUGGGAGAAGCAACCUAAUAAUAUGAUGCUAAUGUUGGGAAAACUUUAUAUAUUUGCAUUUACCUGGGCUGUUGGAGGAAUUUUAAAAAGAGAGGAAGAACAUGAGGGUGAGACUCUAAUUGGUAUAUACACCAGCCACGAUGAUCUUGUGACUGUAACCCAGGACUUCAAUUACCUUGUUCGUGAGAUAUUUGAAAGACAACCACCAGCUAAUAUUCAGUUUCCAUCUGACAACAAAACUGUUUUUGAUUAUUUUGUGGAUUUACGAACAGGAGAAUUUGAACCAUGGGCAAAUUUAGUUCCUAGCACACAGUUUCUUAUUCAGAAGGAAACUGCAGGUAGGUCAAAUCCUGAUAAAGCAGAAAAAGACGAAGAAAAGAAAUGUGAGCUUUCUACAUUUAUUCCCAACAUUGAUACAAUUCGGCACCAUUUCCUAAUGAGCCUUCUUUUACUGAAUAAACAUCCAGUAUUAAUAAUAGGAGACCCUGGUAGUGGAAAGACUACCAUGAUUGAGAGCAUGCUUCAAAAACUUCAGAGACAAGGUGGAUUAAGUAUAAGAAUGGGAACUCUUUUAGGAGAUGUCUUUUAUUACAGAGAAACAACAAGAACCAGCUUGAUGAGAUCUGGACUUCGUUCUUCUGGGAGAACACCACACGCUUCAGCUAGAGAGAUAUUGUCAACCCUGAGCUCUCCAAGAGAAGAGCCUGAUCUGGAAGAAACAUGUACAAGUGGUACUAUUAUUUCUACGCUGCAGUUGAGUGCUCAUACCAGUGCUGCCCAAACAAAGGCUUUGAUUCUUCAGAAAUUAAUACUAAAAAGUAAAGAUAUCCUGGGUGCUCCACAAUUUAAACAGGUUUUACUGUUUAUUGAUGAUCUGAAUACACCUAUAGCAGAGGAGUAUGGGUCCCAGCCACCACUUGAGCUAAUUAGACAGUUUCUUGAUCUAGGAGGUUUUUAUGACACGGAGCAGCUUACAUGGAAGAAUGUCCAGGAUGUUGCUAUGGUUGCCACUUGCACACCGCCGAGUGAAGGAAGUAAUGAGAUUAGUGCUCGUCUUCUGUCAUGUUUCUGCACAUUAGUUUUGCCUGUAACUUCUUUACAAUCCUUACAACGUAUUUUCCAGGUGCGACUAGGAGCAUACUUACAUAUCAAAAGAUUCAUGGCUGAAGUUCAGAAAUGCAAGGAUAAUUUAACAUGCGCCUCUAUUGCUGUGUACUAUAGAAUGCUUCAUAAAGUGCGUCCAACUCCAGUUAAAUGCCAUUACACGUUUAAUCUACGGGAUCUUUUUAAGGUACUUGAAGGAUUGCUCCAAGCUCACAAGUCUGUCAUUGUUUCUAAAGAAUCAAUAGUGUUGCUAUUUGUACAUGAAUGCACCCGAGUUUUCCAUGAUCGUCUGAUUGAUUCUCCAGAACGGGAAGCUUUCUUUCAAAUUCUAUCAAAUGAGGUCAAUAACUAUUUCAAGAUUCCCUGGACAAAAGAUCAGUUGAUGGAAGAACCACCCCUAUUUGUGGAUUUUCUGGAUUCAAACCAGCCUGUACACAAGAGAGUCUAUAGAAAUGUCACCAACAAGACACAUCUACUUUGGGUCCUAGAAGAACAGUGCAUUAAAAUGCAGGGAGUAAGCCCUCAGGGUAUUUCCAUAGUAUUUUUUAAAGAAGCAAUACAGCAUAUAACAAGGGCAGCCAGAAUUUUUCGACAAAAUGGUAGUCACAUGACAUUGGUUGGUCAUGGUGGAACUGGGAAGGUAACCUGUGCAUCCUUAGCCUGUUACUUAUCUGCAUGCAGCCUCUACAGGUUAUCUAUUUCCCGUAAUUACACCUAUGGAAAUUUUAGAGAAGAUCUGAAAGAAGUUUGUAAGCAGGCAGGUGUGGAAGGCAGGAGGACUGUUUUUCUCAUCACAGAAUCUGAUAUUAUUCAAGAGGCAUUUUUAGAGGACCUAAGUUGUAUUUUGAAAUCAGGACAAGUGCCCAAUUUAUUUGAGAAGGAAGAGCUGGAUAACAUCAUGGUACCACUUGUAUCUGUUGCUGAAAAGGCUAAGUACUCUAACACAAUCGAUGAUAUCUACUCAUUUUUCUUACAGAAAGUACGUAGCAAUCUUCAUAUUGUUUUGACAACAAGUUAUGCAGGACUGACCUUCCGUCAGCGUUGUCGGACAUAUCCUGCCACUAUUAAUUGCUGUACAGUUGACUGGUAUGACACUUGGCCUGAAGAAGCCCUUUGCCAUGUUGCACAAAGUUACUUUAAACAGGACAACACAUUUCAGAAUCAGAACAUAAGUGUGCUUGUUCAGAUAUGUGUUAAUAUUCAUAAAAAUGUAUCUAUCAUAACUGAAAAGUACUUGAAGGAAACUAAAAGGCAUUACUACAUCACUCCCAAUAGUUAUCUACAGUUCAUAAACACCUUUUCAACCAUACUGAAGUCAAUGAAAGAGAAAAUUAUGAGUGACAGAACUUGCUAUCAUUCUGGUCUGACCAAAAUACUAGAAGCAACCUCACAGAUUACAGUUAUGCAAAAUGAGUUACUUGUCCUUGGUCCUCAAAUAGAGAAAAAAUCAAAGGAAAUAGAGGAACUUGUGGAAAAGCUUCACAAAGAUGCAUUAGUUGUGGAGCAAGUUCGAGCUAUUGUUAAAGAGGAUGAAGAAAUUAUGGCUGCAGAAACACAGACUGUGGAAGAAUAUGCCCAGCAAGCAACAGAUGAGCUCAAUGCUGUAAUGCCAACUUUGGAGAAAGCUGUCGCUGCUCUUGAUGCACUUGACAAAAACCACAUUGCAGAAAUUAGAGUGUAUGCUCGCCCUCCUCCACUUGUACUUACUGUUAUGAAUGCAGUUUGUGUUCUUCUUCAAAAGAAACCUAACUGGACAACAGCAAAAUUACUGCUUGCAGAUCCUGGGUUCCUAAAGAGAUUGGUUAAUCUUGACAAAGAUAAUCUACCAGAAAAGGUGCUUCUGCAGUUGAAAAAAUAUGUAAGGAUGCCUGAUUUCAACCCCUUAAAAGUAGGACUUGUGUCUGUUGCCUGCUGCUCCAUGUGUCAAUGGGUUUUAGCUUUAGAUCACUAUCACCUUGUAAAAAAGUUUGUAGAGCCAAAACAAUUGAAGGUAGCUGAAGCAGAGGAGCUCCUAAAACUUGCACAUGAAAAACUGACUGAUAAACAAAGAAGUUUAGUGCUGAUUGAACAACAUCAGCAAAAUUUAGAAAGAAGUUUUGGAGAAAGUAUUGCUGAGCAAGAAAUGCUAGCAGCUAGAAAAGAUCAAACAACACGCCGUUUACACUGUGCAUCUGUGUUAAGCACAGCUCUGAAGGAUGAAAUGGCACGCUGGAAAGAAUCUGUUAAUAAUUUCGAUCAAAGGUUGCAGGGAAUCGUGGGUGAUGCCUUUGUUUCAGCAGCGUGUAUUGCCUAUAGUGGAGUAUUAUCAGCAUCAUAUCGUCAGCAACUAGUGAAUGACUGUCUGAAACUCUGCAAAGAAAGCAAUAUUCUAGUAUCUCCAAAUUAUUCGCUAGUAAAUUGCAUGACAGAAAAAAAUGAGGUCCGCAAGUGGCAAAAUGCAGGCUUGCCACUUGACCAGUACUCUACAGAAAAUGCUAUACAUAUUAUGUAUGGACAACGUUAUCCUUUGCUAAUUGAUCCAGAAAGACAAGCGUACAAAUGGAUAAGUCAAAUGAGUGGUAAACUACGCCAAAUUCGUGUUACGGAUGCUCAUUAUUUUAGAACACUUGAAAACUCUAUGCGUCUUGGUGAACCAGUCCUACUACAGGAUUUCAGUGAAACACUGGAUUCAAAUAUGAAGCCAAUAUUAAAAAAGGAAAUCUACAACAAAUCAGGGCAAGACUUCAUUAGAAUAGGAGAUUCUGAAAUUGAGUGCAACCAAAACUUCAGAUUAUACUUGACAACACAAAAACCCAACCCCCAUUUUCUGCCAGCAAUAUGCAGUAUUGUGACAAUGAUAAAUUUCACUGUAACAUUUGAAGGUUUGCAAGAUCAGCUUUUAUCUGCUGUUCUAAUUAAGGAGAAACCAGAGGUUGAACACCGGCGGUGUGAGUUGCUAGAAAGCAUAUCUGCUGACCUAAUAACACUUCGUGAACUGGAACAGAAGUCACUUAGGCUUCUCCAAAAAACAGAUGGACAUAUUCUAGAUGAUGGAGACCUUAUUGACAAUUUGCAAAGAUCUAAAAUUACCUCAACAGAAAUUUUUGAGCGUGUUGAAGCAUCUGCAGCAACAGAAGUUAAAAUAGAGGCACUGCGUGAAAGCUAUCUUCCUAUUGCAACUCAUGGCGCCAUCCUCUACUUUGUAGUAUCAGAUCUUUCUCAUAUCAACUAUAUGUAUCAGUUUCCCCUGGAGUGGUUUCAUAAGAUCUUUGAAGACUCUGUAGAGUACGUACUCAAAGUAAAAAUUGGGGUUUCGUUGAGUGCCCCAGGAAUUUUUAAGCCUCGGUCACUUUUUAGGACUCAAUCAGAGAGACUUCCUGCCAGAGAAGAUGAGAACGAAAUAGAGAGUAUCGCAGUCAAUUUCCAAGGACAUAUUAAUGCUAUAAUAGAGAAAUUAACAAAAAAUGUUUAUAAGAGAGUUUCUUCAGCUCUGUUCAGUGAGAAUCAGCUAUGCUUUGCUUUUCUGAUGUGUACAGCAAUUAUGAAAAAUAAGUAUGAUGGAAAUCUAUUUAUUAACAAGCUUGGAUUUAUACCAGAGAAUCAGUGGAAGUUCUUCCUUCAGUCUAGCAUAAUGGCAAAUAUUAUGGACACGCAGGACUCUGAGACUACUGGUUCACGUGCAUUCAAGAAAACUCCUCCACUCCAUUGGAUUACUGACAUGAUGUGGAAAGAAUGCAGGUACAUGAGCACUCACAUGCCAGCAUUCAGCCUGUUGUGUGAUUCCCUUUCAACAAAUUCUCAGCAAUGGAGAGCUUUUCUAAAUAGUCAGAAUGUAUAUUAUUUGAUCAGUACAAGCUAUAGACCAGUGUCACCAAGGCAAGACCCAAAGCUGAGAGAAAGUGAUGAGCAGGAGAGUGGACCUUUAAUUUUCCCUUGGGAGAAACUUUCUGCAUUCGAAAGACUUAUUUUGAUAAAAGUUCUUCGGUUAGAAAGCUUAACUAGUGCAGUACAUACAUUUGUAGCUGAGAAAUUGGGGAAUUACUAUCUUCAGAUUGGAGGAAUUAAUUUGAAAGCAGUAUAUGAAGAAGAAUCUAAUGCCAUAACUCCAAUAAUUCUCAUUCAUACUCAAGGUGUAGAUAUUGCAGCUCUCUUUCUACGCCUUGCCCAGGAAAUAAAAGGAAGUACACAACAUGUGAAAAUGAUAUCUCUGGGACGUGGUCAAGGGAGCAAAGCUGAAGAUUUGAUAUAUAAAUCAAGCAUACUGCAGGGACAGUGGGUAUUCCUCCAGAACUGUCAUCUUGCAGCUUCAUUUAUGCCCAGACUCUGCAAAAUUGUUGAAUCAUUUACUGGAUCACAGACAAAUAUAGACCCUCAGUUUAGACUCUGGUUAAGUUCAACGCCAGAUCCAUCUUUCCCUAUACCUAUCUUGCGCAAGGGCCUUAAGAUUGUAAUAGAACCUCCCCAUGGACUAAAGGGAACACUUCUUCAAACAUUUGGAGUAAGUGGUACUGAAAUAGUAACGGAAGCUGUAUUCAACACCACCACCUGUGGGCCAUCAUGGAAAAGGUUGCUGUUCAGUCUGUGCUUCUUCAGUGCUGUAGUUCAUGAAAGAAAGAAAUAUGGAGCUUUGGGCUGGAACAUUCCAUAUGAAUUUAAUUCUUCAGAUUUAGAGAUUUCAAUCCAGGUGCUGGAGAUUCUUCUUGGGAAUCAAAAGAAGAUUCCAUGGGAAGCACUGCGUUAUAUGACUGGCGAAGUAACAUAUGGAGGCCGUGUAACUGACAAUUGGGAUCGUCGGUGCAUUCUUAACAUUUUGGAUAAUUUCUAUAACCCUUCUGUAUUGCAGGAGGACUUUGCUUACACUACUGAUUGGGUAUAUCAACCCAUAUCUGAAAAAGAUACUUUGAAAGAAUGCAGAGCCUAUCUACGAUCUCUUCCGGAGAGCGAUUCUCCAGAACUCUUUGGAAUGCAUCAUUGUGCAGAAAGAGCAUACCUAAAGUCUCAAGCACAGUUAUUUAUUGAGUCAGUUGCCAGGACUCAACCAGCAAUGACUACAGACACUCUCAUCAUCAGUGGCAAAAAGACUCCAGAUGAAAUAGUAUUGGAAAUAGCAUCUGACAUUCAAAUUAGGCUACCACUGACUGUAGAAGUUAUGGGACAGACACCUGAAACUGAACCCAAAGAAAAAGUUACAUUUGAAAGCUUCAAGUCAGGCUCAGUUUGGGCUGCACUUGCAAAGGUUGCAAAAGGUCCUAGUUCUUUUAUGAGUUCAACUUUGCUAAUUGUCUUGCAUCAGGAGAUUAAAAGGUAUAAUCAUUUAUUAUCCAUAAUAAUGCAGUCAUUACAUGGACUUCAACAAGGUAUCAAAGGCGAGAUUAUCUUUACCACAGCACUAGAAGAGCUUUAUAAUUCAGUAUUGAAAAACAAAGUUCCUGAACUGUGGCAGCAACAUUCCUAUAAAUCACUUAAACCUCUGGGAUCCUGGAUUGAUGACCUUGUUUUACGAGUGACUUUCUUUUCCAUGUGGGCUAAACAAGUUAUCACCUUUAUGGAAUCAAGGCAUCAGCAUUUAGUGGUACUUCAGAAGCUAACCAAAACAACUAUGCAACCUGGUGAGGAACUUGACCCCUUUGAUGGCAGCUCUCAGGCACACCCCAGCUGCUUUUGGCUUCCAGCUUUCUUCUUUCCACAAGGAUUUCUUACUGCAGUUCUUCAGAAUUAUGCUCGGCAGAAAGAAUUGCCAGUGGAUUCUCUUAAUUUUAUCCACAAAGUUCUUCCAUUCGUUCAGGAUGAAGACCAGAGUCUUAGAUUUUUCAGCGCAAAAGAAGCUAUAAUAAACAAAGCAUUUAAGGAAUCUUCUCGGUGUGAAACUGGAGUUAUAGUUUGUGGCUUAUACAUAGAUGGUGCUUGCUGGAAUCCCACUACAAAGACAUUGGAAGAGCCUGAGCUUCACCAGAGAUUUUAUCCACUACCAGACAUACAUUUUUUACCAAAAAAGAUGGCCUCCCAUGCAAGACCCCAUUGUCUAGAGGAGGAAGAAGUCUGGCUACUUUAUGAAUGUCCACUAUACAGGACACCUGAAAGAUCAGGAACACUGUCCUCUACAGGUAUAUCAACUAAUUUUAUAACAGUAGUUAACCUACCAAGUCUUAUAGCACCCAGCCACUGGAUAACAAGAGGUGUUGCACUGUUAUGCCAACUAGAUGACUGAGAAAAUUUUAAAAAAUAAUUACCUCUUAAACUUGGAUACUCUUCAGACUGUUGGACCACUUGAGGUUUUGGUAAACGGAUGCUUAAGAAUAAACAGU